AUAUUAAACGAGCGCUCUCAAUCUCUCUAUCGAAGUGUGCGUAUCGCGUUGUUUGUGACUGUUUGGCUUUGGGAGCUUAAAAUAUUGGUUGGUUGCUGCAAGACCAUUAUCUGCAAGAGAAGUAAACUAAGCUAUGCUAACAAGGCAGAUAGGCAACACGUCGGAGCCACACCGUAAACGUAGACACUGGGGAGGACAGCCAGGAGAGCUGCGGACAGAGCAACAUUUAAAUUGCGAAGGAUGUUAAUUUUGCAUGUCCUAGCUUGAUACCGCUGCCACAACAAGCUGGGACCCAUUUAGAUUGCUGUAUAAAAGCGACGACGUUAAGGUCGUUUUUUAUAAAGAUAGGAAUAGCUUAGAAUUUCAAUGUUAUUGUUAAAAAGCUUCGGUCGAUCACAAUGUCAUAUUCUGGCAAUUUGGUUUGGGAUGUAAAUAAACGUUCAAUUGGAUACAACGAUCCUAAUAACAUCAGGACCAACUAUUUAGGUAGGAGAGAGUUUGUGCAGCGGCUCAAACUUGAAGCAACGCUGAAUGUACAUGAUGGCUGUGUCAACACUAUAUCCUGGAAUGAAACGGGAGAGUACAUCCUGUCUGGUUCUGAUGAUACCUUCCUUGUCAUCACCAACCCAUACAACAGAAAGGUCAAGAAGUCCAUACGGUCGGGUCACAGGGCCAACAUCUUCAGCGCUAAGUUCAUGCCCCACACCAACGACCAGGAGAUCAUCUCCUGCUCGGGGGACGGCAUCAUCUACUACACGCACACGGAGAAGAGUCUGGAGCUGAACAGGCAGUGUCAGUUCUCCUGCCAUUACGGAACCGCUUACGAGAUUAUGACGGUACCGAACGACCCAUACACGUUCCUGUCGUGCGGAGAGGAUGGGACUGUGCGGUGGUUUGACCUGCGAACCAAGACCAGCUGCACUAAAGAAGACUGCAAAGAUGACAUACUGAUAAACUGCCGGCGGGCCGCCACCUCCAUAUCCAUCUCCCCCCUGGUGCCCUACUACCUGGCCGUGGGCUGCUCGGACAGCUCGGUCCGCAUCUACGACCGGCGCAUGCUGGGUACCAGAGCUACGGGUAACUACAUGGGCCGCGGUACGACGGGGAUGUGCGUGCGCUUCGUGCCCGCCCACCUGUCCAACAAGUCGUGCCGCGUGACCUCGCUGUGCUACAGCGGGGACAGCAAGGAGGUGCUGGUCAGCUACUCCUCGGACUACAUCUACCUGUUCGACCCGGUCGACGACCAGGCCCGCCAGCUGAAGGGUCCGUCCGACGAGAGGCGGGAGGAGCUCAGACAGCCUCCAGUCAAGCGUCUCCGUCUCCGAGGGGACUGGUCUGACACCGGGCCCCGCGCUCGCCCCGAGAGCGAGAGAGAGCGGGAUGGCGAGCAGAGCCCCAACGUGUCGCUGAUGCAGCGGAUGUCCGACAUGCUGUCCCGCUGGUUCGAGGAGGCCAGCGAGGCUCAGGGAAACAGGGGCGGCCGGCCCCAGACCAGACCCAGAGGGACAGCCAUCCGUCCAGAGAUAGGCUCCAGUAGCCAGAUGGACUCCAGCGCCCCACCGGCCGCCACGGAGACCCCCGCUCAGGCCCCAAGCACUUCAGAGACCCCCACUCAGGCCCCAAGCACUUCAGAGACCCCGACUCAGGGUCCCAGCACUUCAGAGACCACAACUGAGGGUCCUGCCACUUCAGAGACCCCCACCGUAUCUCCCAGCACUUCAGAGACCCCCACUCAGGGUCCCAGCACUUCAGAGAGGCCCACGGCGGUGGAGGCCAGCCCCACACAGCCUGCUGCCCCCCCUCCCCCCCCGUCCACCUCCACCUCCACCUCCACCUCGGGGACGUCGCCGGCGGUUACCGCGCAGCCCGCCUCCAGCGCGUCGACGUCGCUGGAGCCCUCCUCUUCGUCCCUCACCUCCUCCCCGGACGCGGAGCCGAGCGGUCACGCCGAGCCCGCCGGUGACCCCACCGCCGCCCCCACCGCCGCCCCCACCCCCACACGCACAUCUGGCCCGGCUGCACCCUCAGAGUUCGGUCCUCACCGGCUCCCCAUCAGCCUAGUGUGCCGGCGGCUGCAGCGGCUGCUCCAGCUGGCCGAGCCCCCGGGUCAGGGCGGCGAGCGGGUGGGCCUCGGCCAUCCCCUAGCUGACCCGCCCCCCCGAGAGAGACAGUCCCCCAGAGCCCCUCCCACAGCCGCUGCCGAGGGCCCCGAGUCCCUCCGCCCAGAUUCCCCCUCGUCUGUGGUAAACAAACAGCUUGGCUCCAUGACUCUGAAUGAGCCGCAGGGGCGACCAGAGGCCGGGCGGUCGGCUCCCAGGGAGGCCGAGAGCGUACCAGCCAGCGUGUCGCCGGCACCAGGGACCUCCACCUCUUCCUCCUCCACCCCCGGUCCCACCACGGGCCGGGCUGGCGCCACAGAACCCGUCCUCAGCCUGCACUACAGCUCUGAGGGAACCACCACCAGCACCAUCAAACUGGACUUCACCGACGAGUGGAGCAGCAGAGCCGCCAGCUCCAGGGGCAGCGGCGGGCCCAAAGUCUCUGCACCGGCUGCCGUCGACAGCCGAGCCAGCCUGUCUGCGGAGGGCCGAGGGGCCCGGUCUGUGGAGGGCCGAGAGCCCCUGUCUGUGGAGGGCCCUGCAGCAGAGCCAGCUCCUGCGUCGGCCCGGCCCGCCCCCGGCCCCGGCCCCGAGUCGUCACGGGCCGACCCCCCGUCCGAGGCCUCUCCCCAGGGGGCGGGGGGCGCUCCGCCGGCCCUCGAGCGGAACCCGCCGGAGGGCAUGGAGGACACGUCCGGGGGCUGCCGGAGAGAGGAGCCCCCGGGAGAGGGGGUCCCCGAGGGGACGCCGCAGGGCGCGGGGGGGCAGGGGGGUCCGCCCGCCCGGGGGAACCCCGACUCGGACGACAGCGACGACGACCCCAUCCUCAUCCCCUCCACGAGGUUCAGAGGGGGGCAGGGCCAGCGAUUUAAUACGAGAGGAUCUGCGGUAGGCGAUAGGAUGAUCAGGCGCUCCGCAGCGGCCCGCAUCCAGGAGCUGUUCCGCCGGAGGAAGGAACGGAGGGAGAUGGAGGAGAGCGAGACCCAGAACAUCCGGAGGCCUUCGGUCAAAAUGGUCUACAAGGGCCACCGUAACUCUCGGACCAUGAUCAAAGAGUCGUGUUUCUGGGGCGACAACUUUGUGAUGAGCGGCUCGGACUGCGGCCACAUCUUCGUGUGGGACCGCCACUCGGGAGAGCACCUCAUGCUGCUGGAGGCCGACAACCACGUCGUCAACUGUCUGCAGCCCCACCCCUACGACCCCAUCAUGGCCUCUUCUGGGAUCGACUAUGAUAUCAAAAUCUGGUCGCCUCUGGAGCAGUCGCCUUCCUUCAACAGAGUCCUCGCUGAUGAGGUGAUCACUAGGAAUGAGCUAAUGCUAGAGGAGACCAGGAACACCAUCACAGUCCCCGCCUCCUUCAUGCUCCGGAUGCUGGCCUCACUAAAUCACAUUAGAUCAGAUCGGCUGGAGGGAGAUCGCUCAGAAGGUUCUGGGCAGGAGAACGAGGACUAGCGUUAGCUACUCGACGUUUUAAUUUAAUUAAAAAAAUAAAACACAAAAAACAUAUUUUUUUGUUUGUUGCUCGUAAGCACUUGUAAACCCAAGAUUUGUACAUGUCUACUGUAGAAUACUUCCCGAUGAGAAUUUCUAUGCCCCUCUCAUCGCUUUUUUAAGAAGAAUUUCUUACUAAUGUUUCUGAAUGAGGGUAAAAAAAAAAAGUUUAAUAAAGAUCUGGGAAAUAAUAGGAGUGGAUGCAAGGGGAGGGAAUGUCCUCUAAAAGAGUGAAAGAUAAGUUUGUGAGGAUGGAAAGUGCAAUAUUAUUUAGUCAGGAGAAUGGGAGCUUAAUCAGUGUUAUGUUUGGUGUUUUAUUUUUUGUAGCAAAAGGCAAAGAACUUCAACCUUUAUGUACUGCACUGGCGGUUCUGCAUGUCAACACGAAUCGUGCUUCAAUUUAAACUAUACCCUUUUUGAGUUUGUGUUCUUUUUUUUGUUAUUGAAACAAAAGCUGUAUUUUCUCAUCCCCAAAAGGGUUAAGUCAACGAAACAAUCCGUUGCCCAUUUCUUUUGUGUUGCAAAAAGUUUCUGGAGUAGAUGUUUUUUCAGAUAUGUUUCUGUUAAGGCCUGGCACACUGCCUGGGCAUCUCGUCUCACCAGUGAAUGAACAAAUAAAUUCAUUCCGAAACAAAUCACACUUCUCAUUCUUCAUGUCGGUGCAUGUGCCACCUUCUACGUGGGAGUGAAAAGGACUUAAGUGACGAAUCAAUUCAAAAUUGUCGCUGAUUAUGGGCUGCCAAGGCGGAUUUUUGUCCAAGUCGUGUUUGGAAGAUGUGUGCAAGUCUAGUUUACUUGGAGUUCACUUCAACUAAGAAAAAUGUUUUGGUGAUUGGCUAUGGAUUUCUCACUACCAUAAAUGGACAUUGAGGGACAGUGGGUCGUCGUUUUGGUAGCUGCUGUUGGUCAAACAAACCAUUUUAUUGCCCUGACUACAUUAUCUCACACCCUUCAACUUAAGUGGGAAAACAAAAACACUGUCAGAGCCUAAUAGGAAUUUUGUUCAGUAUACUUCGUCAAAAAAAACAGUAUCACUAUUAAAAAGCAUGAAUAUUUGUAUUAGUGGACAUGAAAAGUACACUUUUGUAGUGCAUUGCUUCUUCCUACAAAAGUAGUACCAUAUUAUUAUUCAGACAUUGAAACUGACCAUAUGAUAUUCAUUAUUUUAUUAAAGAGGUUUCAGUCUUAAGUAAAUCAUGUUGACUACAGUAACUUACUGGGGUCUCCGGCAGCACAGUGGCUCGCACUGUAACAGCCUCAGAGAGUCAUACACAGGGUUCGUAUUGUGGCAUUCACUUCAGUCUUAACGUCUGGUUACCCCCUGCUUCACUCUAAUGACGUGCAAAUGAAGACGAUAUAACUUCCUAAACAGCCUAUGGGUUAUAAUCGCUGUCCGUGUACAAACAGGAGUAUCCUUCUAUUCAGGAAGUACAUGUUGUGAUUGCUUGAAAUUAACUACAAGAUACUUUUUUGGACUACUAGAUAUAUUGGUCUUGGUUUAAAUGUUUUUGUACUGCUGUAAGAACAUACAACCUUUAUAUAUUUUUUUUUAAACAGGUUUGUGCGUAAACCCACUUGCAACAACCCUUGUCAUUGACUUCAACAGCACUUAAACAUCAAGUUCUCCAGUCAGGACCACAGACUAACAUUGACCUAUGGCCAGGAUGGAUUUAAGACCUCCAGUACACACUGGAAAUUGAAGUGCAACUCUGGUGUACGCCGUCAUUCCUGGCACACGAUCACGGGAGAAUGCAAGGGAGCACCAGUAGAAAAUGAGGUACAAAACACAAUAAUGGGAACUAUCUAGACACCACAAGUACCUUGGACCUAAAAACAAACACUGACUAACAGAUUCUGUUAGUCUGUAUUACAUGAGGCACUCAGCCAUGCAAAUAAUGAAAAAAAUAAAAAUACAAAACAUUGAUAAAUAAAUCAUUGGAGUAAACAAAAGCUACAAUUCUGAAGCGUGUGUCACAGCAGUAGAAUAAUUCCUAUAUUUUUACGAUAACUAGCAAGGCACUUGAUGUGUACACUUGGUCCAA